AUGUCCAUCUCCAGCACCCUCAGCAAUUAUUACGUCGACUCCAUCAUCAACCACGAGAGCUCGGAAUCCCCCUCCCCUAAAUACCCCGCGGGAACUUUCGCUGCCCCCCGAGGUCCGAGCGAAACCCCCGAGUUCCCCUCGUGCAGUUUCCAGCCCAAAGCGGCUCCGUUCGGCCCCUCCUGGGCUCCCUCGUUCCCCGCCUUCCUCCCGCAGCCCUGGCUGGAGCCCGGCCCCGCCAAAGCCGAGGCGCUGAGCCGAGCUCGGGACGCGCCCAAGAGCGGCUGCGCCCUGGAGGAAGGGCUGGGCAGUCACCGCAGAGAGAGCCAGGAUCGGAAAAUCGGAGAGGGGAGCCAGGACAAAGGCGGCCGAGAUCAAACCAACCCCGCGGCCAGCUGGCUGCAGGCGCGCUCCUCGCGCAAGAAGCGCUGCCCCUACAGCAAGUUCCAGACGCUGGAGCUGGAGAAGGAGUUCCUGUUCAACAUGUACCUGAGCCGCGAGCGGCGGCACGAGGUGGCGCGGCUGCUCAACCUCAGCGAGCGCCAGGUCAAGAUCUGGUUCCAGAACCGCCGCAUGAAGAUGAAGAAGAUGAACAAGGAGCAGGGCAAGGAGUGACACGGCCGCCAGGCGGCGGCCCCCAAUCGCCGAGUUCUUCUCUGGAUCCUCCCCCAGGCCCAGCUCGGCUGAAAUUUGGGUUCUUUUCCUCUUUCAAAAACUCUUCUCGUCCUCUGGUGCAACUCAGCUCAAAGCGCGGCUCCUUUUGGGGUCAGGAGUGAUGGGACACAGGGGCAGCAGCCCCAAAUCUCAGCGUUUUUCCCCAAACCACCCCAAAACCAGCUCUGGAUCCUCCCC